UUUUUCACAUUUUCUUUGUAAGAAGUCGGCCUCUUUACGAUCUUGUAUGCCACAAUCAUUAUUGAUGUGAAUUAGGGUUGUAUUUUUUACUUUAUAAGUGAAAAUGGGCAUCUGGUAAAGAAAUUAAAUGUAAUUAUUGGAAUUAAUCUCCUUAUUCUGAAGAACACACAUGUGACAAGCAAGCAUUACACAUGAUUAGAAAAAAAAAUCACAAUUAUAGUACUUAACUUAUUAGUUUUAUUUUGUUAAUAAAAGGAAAGAAUUUAAUAUAAGCAAUUUACAGAUUUGAAUUACAAAUUUCAAAGAUUCCAUUAGAGGAUGAAGUACGAGCCGCAGGGUACCGCCGAUACUCAUUACUACCAAUGCCCCGUUUGCCACAAGUUCGACUUGACCCCCAUGAACUAUGGCAUGGCGACUCCAUACCCGCCGUACGGAAUGCACCAAUCGAGGAUGGUAGAACAAAAGGUGAUUUGUCCUUGCUGCCGAGUGGCGCCCAGCGCGAGGAUCGACGAGCAGGCCAAGUUCUUCGGCCCUGGUGCCAACCCUCUGCCUCCAGGCACCGCCUUUCCUUGCGACGUCGUAACCCAACAGGGCAAACUGUACUUCCCCUGGUUCAGAAAAGCCAGGGAAAAGAUGCUGGAGAAGAUGAACCCCGAGGAAAACCCGAACUACAUGAAAAAUCUUAAGAAAAACGAGUUGAACAGAAGGAUCAAGUUUGUCGACAGAUGUGCCAACAAACUUUUAAAUUCCCCUUGCAUGUCAUUUGAGAGUGAUGAUGAGGAAGAAAGUUAUGUUAAGAAAGACCCAAAAAGAUUCCUCUUUGACCCUUGUGGCCCUUGUGCGCCGUGUUCGACUCAGAGGUACCCGUACCAUGGCCACCACACGAACAAGGACACUUUGGCCGACCGUCUUGACAAGCUGACAAAAGAAGUUGAAAAACUCUCCAAGAAGAUGGGCUAUGAUUCGGAAAAGGAACGUAGGGAUUCGACGAAAACGAAGGAACAAUUUUUUCCUUUUUACUUCAACCAGUCAGAGUAUGGCAAUCCGUUUGCACCCUGCUUCAACGACCCGACUUGCAGUAAAUAUUUAGAAAGGACCGUACCGGGCAUGUAUCCGGUCACGAUGGAGAAGGGGAGCCAAGUGCACAGAAGAAGGAGGCGGAAGAAGAAAUCUACCACGUACAGUGACACACCCACACCCGCCACACAGGAAAUCUCUUAUGAGAAAAAAACAAAAGGCAAAUCACACAGAGUACAUGAAAAUUCGACCUCCCUCUCAGUUUCGACUUCACAGCAGACGAGCAAUUUGGACGUUUACAAGCCUUUGAGAAAAUCAUCGUACAGAAAGAUUGUCGAGGAAAAGAGAAACAGUUACAUGUCUUCUUCCUCGACUCCAUCCGAAACGGAAAUAAUCUACAGGGAAAAGAAGAACUCAAAAAAUAGAUAUUGUCAGUCCUAAACAGUAAAAACACAGGGCCACAGUUGUUGUUUUUUAACAUGCAACUAAUAUUAGGCAAAUU